AUGAAAAUUUUAAAAGCGGAUCGUGAUAUUUUCGAUUGGAGUGGAAAGAAGCCAUUGGACUACCAAAAGCAACUGACGAGCAUUUCUGCAUCAACUUUCAGCAGUGAGUAUAAUAUCGUGAAUAAUGUUAGCACAUCCAACAACGAUACAAUGUCGAAACGUCAAACUACGAUGAAGAAAAAUCGCAAUCGUGGCGUACAACGAAGUUUGACCGUCAUGAAUAGUGGAAGUGGAUCCUUGCGUGGUUCAUUUGACGACUUACAAUCGAACGAUAAUUUUGAUACACGAAGCGUUACGAGUCACUCGGGAGUUAUAGGAUUUGGUGGUGCCUCGAUGAAACGCAAAAACAAAAAAUAUCGUUCAAAAUUGCAAGCAAUGAGAGAAGCCCAAGUAAUAGGCGACAGCAUUUCUUUAAUCGGCUGGUCAACAUGGAGGCAAGUUUAUGACGUGUGA